CGCCGGAAAAACUUCCUGCGUUUGCGACGGAUCCCGGGCUGCCUUUUGGGGUAGACUUGACUGCGUGGUUAGAGUUGUAUGCUUGACCCGUGUCCGCUACCGCGGAUGGCGAGGGAUCUGAUCGGGCCGGCGCUGCCGCCCGGCUUCAAGGCCCGCGGGACAGCAGAGGACGAGGAGCGAGACCCCAGCCCUGUUGCAGGACCAGCUCUGCCCCCUAAUUAUAAAAGCAGUAGCUCAGAGUCCUCAGACAGCGAUGAGGACAGUAGUUCAUUAUACGAAGAAGAAAAUCAAGAAUCUGAAGAAGAUGACACCGGUCCAGCGGCAAGAAAACAGAGGAGAAAUCAAGAUGAUGACGAUGAUGAUGAAGGGUUUUUUGGACCAGCUCUUCCUCCUGGAUUUAAAAAGCAGGAUGAUUCUCCUCCAAGGCCUAUAAUAGGUCCUGCACUACCACCUGGUUUUAUUAAAUCUACACAGAAAAGUGACAAAGGCAGAGAUGAUCCAGGACCACAAGUAUCAUCAUAUUUCAACUCUGAGGAAACCGACAGCAGUGAAGAUGAGGACAUUGUUGGACCAAUGCCUGCAAAAGGACCAGUUAACUAUAGCGUCACAACAGAGUUUGAAAAAAGGGCCCAGCGAAUGAAAGAAAAACUGACCAAAGGAGACAAUGAUUCAUCUAAACCAAUGACAAGAGAAUCAUGGAUGACUGAGCUUCCUCCAGAAAUGAAAGACUUUGGUCUUGGGCCCAGAACUUUUAAGAGAAGAGCCGAUGACAGAUCUGGAGAUCGAUCAGUCUGGACAGACACCCCAGCGGACAGGGAGAGGCAAGCCAAGGAAACACAAGAAGCAAGAAAGUCAUUCAAUAAGAAGGAUGAAGAACAUAUAUUGUCAGGAAGGGAAAAGAGAUUGGCUGAGCAGGUAUCCUCAUACAAUGAAUCAAAAAGAUCAGAAUCUCUUAUGGACAUUCAUCAUAAAAAAUUAAAGAAUAAGGCUGCUGAAGAGAAAAAUAAGCCCCAAGAAAGAAUACCAUUUGACCGUGAUAAAGAUCUCAAGGUUAAUCGGUUUGACGAAGCUCAGAAAAAAGCUCUGAUAAAGAAAUCUAGAGAACUAAACACCAGAUUUUCCCAUGGCAAAGGCAGUAUGUUUUUAUAAGUAAGUAUUUCAUUGAGGUAUACUUUCAAACUGAUAAAUUUGAACUUUUCUGAAUGUUCUGUUAUCCAUAAAUAAUUGUGUGUAAAAAUCUAUUUCCUUUUAUAAUAAAGUAGAUUAUAAACCUGGAAAUCUUUUUUGAUAAGUCAACCAUGUUUCUUUUGAAUAUUCAGCCCUUGUGGGAUAAAAAAUGUAGUUUUACCAGAAAAGUAGCUUUUGUCUUCAGGCACUGCUAUUAACCAGGCAUUGCCAUUAAAGACACUAAAAGUAAAGUUUAGUUUAUAAGAAAUGGCAAAGGAAAGAGUGGUUUGAAGCUUGGGUAAAUAUGCAUGCUUUUGUAAAGAACGGAGAAAGGAGAUGUGUUUAUAAUCCCUGUGUUAAACAAGAUCACAGUUAGGAAACGUUCAUUGCUUUGAAAGCCUCUCUAUAAAUUAAGGUUCAAAAUCAUUAUAUCCUUCAUCCACAGCUCAAUCUGACAAGGGUUCAUAAAGGUGAGUAAGGAAUUACCUAAAAGCUAAGGUUGCUUCUUAAAAUCUUUAUCAUUUUUAACUGUAUGAAACCUACAUCAAUAUUAAAAUGUGGCUUUAAAGGAAAAUACAGAGGCACCUGGUUGGCUCGGUCAGUGGAGCAUGUGACUUUUGAUCUCAGGGUUGUGAGUUCAAGCCCCACAUUGGGUGUAGAGAUUACUUA